AUGGCCGCCUCGGCGCCCGUCUACCUCAUGGCGCCGCCGCCGGGCCAGGUGCGGACACCGGUCAACCCGCCCAGCAGCGGCGGCGCGGUGGUGCCGGCGGGCAUCGCGGCGACGAUUGUUGCGUGCGUGUGCGUGGCGCUGCGCGUGUUUACGCGGGUGCACGUCGUCUCUGGGGAUCUGGGAUGGGAUGACUAUCUUGUGCUCUGUGCAUUGGUCUUUUCCAUUUCCUUCUUCUUUGUCGGGAGGCAUCUAUACGCCGUUGGAGCCGGCCUUCACAUGUGGGAUGUGCUCUUCUCCGACUACAGCCCUCGCUUUCUCCAGACGACCGUCGGCGCAACCCUCACCUACGCCAUCUCCAUCUCCUUCUCCAAGCUCUCCAUCCUCGCCUUCUACCUGCGCGUCUCGCCCGACCAACACUUCCGCCGCGCCGUCUACGCCCUGCUCGGCGUCGUCGCCGCCUACACCGUCACCUACAUCUUCGUCAUCGUCUUCCGCUGCCACCCGGUGGCCGCCGCGUGGGACCUGUCCAUCAAGGGCGGCACCUGCAUCGAGUACCUGAUCCCCAUGAUGGUGCUCAGCAUUGCCAACAUAGUCAUCGACCUCGUCAUUCUCUUCCUGCCCGUCAAGGUCAUUGUGCCGCUGCAGAUUCCGCUGCGGCAGAAGAUUUCCCUCGUCUUGCUCUUUGCCACGGGCGGCUUCGUCUGUGCCGCCGCCAUCAAGCGCACCCUCAUCAUGCCCCCGCUCAUGUCGUCGCCCGACUACUCGUGGGACCUGACGGAGCAGUUCAUCUGGAGCUUCGUCGAGGUCAACGCCGGCAUCGUGUGCGCCUCGCUCGCCGCCCUCAAGCCGCUCUUCAUGCGCUACCUGCCCGUGCUCAUCGUCUCGCGCCUGCGCUCCUCGCACGACCGCUCCGCCGCCGAGCCGUCCGACGCCAUGACCAAGGACGGCGCCGGCGAGCGCACCGCCGCGUCGUCGAGCAACGGCACCCUCUACGGCCACAGCUACGAGAUGCCCCGUCGCGACGAGUCGCCGGCCGACGACGAGGCCCAGCUGUGGGCGCGCAAGCCCGAGCAGGCCAAGGCGGCGCCGUCGUCGGUGACUACGAGCGAGGCCAAGAAUGACGUUGACAGCAUCGAUGGGCUGGGCGACCUGUAUCCCGGGGCGAGGCCGCCCGUGUAUGCCGUGACGGGCAGCGGGUUUGACGCGCAGGGCCUGCAGAGCCCGGAUGGCAUCCAGGUGACCAAGGAGACGUUUGUAACGUAUGGGGAGAGGGGAUGCCCUUGA